ACCAUCUCCUCCCCCUCCUCUUUCCCCUCUUCCCAAUGCCAGCGUCUAAGGCAACCUCCGAUAUCUCAUCUGAUGGCGACGAAAUGUAUUCGGCUGCUCGCGAAUCGGUAGACCAAGACGUCUCUAACGAAGUGCAAGACUCAUCCACUAAUGGCAAGUUCUCUCAUCACAAAGCUCAGAAUUCCAUACAUAGCCAAGAAUCAGAUAGCACCAUCAAGUCAUCACAUUCCUCCUUGGGCCGAAGAAGUUCACACCGAAAAAGCUCUGGAAAUGUUAACGCUCUGGUACAAGAUGCUAUUCAAAGACGAACUUCUCUGAAAGGUACUCCUAUCAAUGAAGCUGAUCUAAAUGAAGUAUCAUUAGAUAGCGAUGCUACAUCUACUCCGUCUGCUGCUGGCGGCCGACGUAGACGUAUGACUGUCUCUAACCGGGAUGCUCCAUCCGGUAUGCGACAGGUGCCACUUCCUACACCGCCUAAAGACAUUAUCAAUGGCCUCAAUGUUCUGCCACAUGAAAGCGAAGAUACUUUAUCCAGUGAAUCAGGGCACCAGCAGGCAAAUCAAGGCCAUGAAACUACCACCCGUCCAGCACGCUCACAGACGGUUGGUUCAAAUUAUGAUCUCCUUCUCGCACGGUUGGAGGUUCAAAAUAACGAAAUCACCAGUGAUCCCAAAAGAGAGGAGUAUGAGGAACAACAAAUUGAGGAAAUCAGAGGCAGUUUUGAGCGUGUAUACAAUGAAGCUGUUAGCAAAGGAGAAGAAGAAGAUAUUGAUUGGGAAUUUUGGAGUACGGUGAUCAGUGAUUUUAACACUGUCGCCAAAACACACCCAAAAGAGUUGUCCAAAAAUAUUCAGCAGGGCAUUCCACCGGCUCUCCGCGGCAUGAUAUGGCAACUAUUCUCGAAAUCCAAAGAUCCAGAGCUGGAAGAGCAAUAUAUGAGGCUAUUGAAAGAAGACUCUGUUUAUGAAAAGGCUAUUUUGAGAGAUCUCCCCAGAACUUUCCCUAAGCAUGACUAUUUUGAAAAGGACGGCCCCGGCCAACAAGCCCUCUUCAAUGUUGUGAAAGCUUAUUCAUUGUACGAUACCGACGUUGGCUACUGCCAAGGCCUUGCUUUCAUAGUUGGCCCACUUUUGCUGAACAUGCCUGAGGAAGAAGCUUUCUGUGUUCUUGUACGCCUGAUGAAGCAUUACAAUUUAAGAGGCAACUUUACACAUCAAAUGGAAGCCAUCAACCAACGAUUAUACCAAUUUGAAGGGUUACUGAAAGAGCAUAUCCCUCAUUUGCACCGGCAUUUGGAGGCACAGGGCAUUCGAGCUAGCAUGUACGCCACCCAAUGGUUUAUGACCAUGUUCGCUUACAAGGUCCCAUUCAAUCUUGUAUACCGUAUUUACGACAUUGUGCUAGCUGAAGGCACCGAAGCUCUCUUCCGGUUCUCACUAGCCCUCAUGGAAAGAAAUCAAGCAAUCAUAUUAAGUUUGGAUUUCGACGGGCUGCUUCAUUUCUUAAAAAACGAAAUGAUGGAUACUUAUAAGGAGGACUCUAGGGGCUUUGUACGAGAUGCCUAUGGCAUUAAAAUUACACCAAAAAAAUUGGAUCGACUGGCAAAACAAUACACCUCUGAAGCGGCUCGGGCUAGUGGCGAAGCUGAAGUACUGGACACUCUUCGAAAGCAGAACAAGCAAUUGAAGGAUUCUGUCAAGCGACUCGAAAACUCAGUGAACCAACUUAACACCGAACACAUUACUGUAGCCAAUCGACUGAUUGAGUCCAAGUUAGAGAUGGCAAGACUCAACGACGAGAACGACGCACUUCAUCAACAAUCUAAUGAACUGAAGCGAGCGCUUGAUACCCUUCCUGCCGAGGUAGAAGCACGAGUCAAGGAAGAAAUGGAAAUUUUGUGUACGAAGAAUGCCGCUCUCGUAGAACGAAAUAGCGCCUUGGAAGAACAACUGAGCUAUAUGGAAUCCAUGAUCAUUGAUAUCAAGAUGAAGUUCGCUGAAAGCGAGAAUGAGCGUGACACUCUUCGUCGAAAAUUGGGAGAUAUGAAGAGAUUGAUGGGCGCGUAAGCCUAUAAGAAACUUAUUGUUCCAACUUUGACCCAUAAAAUCAAUUGUGAAGCAAUUACCUUGGCUUCAUAACCUCUUUUGCCUCGAUUGGUAGUCGGAAUGUCGUAAAUGGAGGCGCUGUGAGAGCCGAUGCAACGGAAGAUGCCCGACUCCACCGAGUCAAACCAAAAAAAAUA